AUGUCUUGAAGCGGUACGCUAGCUCCGUGUUCCUAUGGUGUAAGUGACAGAGCCUAGCCUGGAGUUCCUCAGCGCUGAUGGUGAAUAGCCACUGCGGCGGUGACGGGCGGAGAAGAAGCCGCAGAAGGCUGGGGAGUGAUAAUUCGGAAUCUGUCCCUUAAAUGAAUUUGAUUUAAGCUUAUCGUCAGGUUCUAACCAACCAAGAAGAGGAGGAAGGGGAAAAAAUAGGAAAGAUGGCGGCCGCGGCCUCGCCGGGCUCGGGCUCGUCCACCUCCUCAGACUGGAUUGUAGUGAGAGACGGUUGCCUGCGCUGCGAUGAGGAGGGCCUGCGAAGUCUUUCCUACCACCCGGCCCUCAACGCUAUCUUAGCCGUUACCAGCCGGGGCAGCAUUAAAGUCAUAGACGGCACGUCUGGGGCUAUUCUUCAGGCUUCGGCGCUGCACGCCAAACCAGGUGGCCGCGUCAGGUGCCAGUACUUCCCUGCCGUCGACAAGGUGCUUUUUGUGGACGACUACGCUGUGGGGUGCAGGAAGGACUUGAACGGCAUUCUGCUACUGGACACGGCCUUACAGCCCCCAGUGGCCAAGCCGGAGGAUAUGGUUCAGCUGGAGCUGCCGGUCACAGAGGCACAGCAAAUGCUGUCGGCAUGUCAGGAAAAGAUCGAUGUGUCCAGCACUGAGGGGUAUGAACUUUUUAUCAACCAGCUCAAAGAAGGUCUGAAGAAUACCUCACAUGAGACUGCAGCCAAUCAUAAAGUAGCUAAGUGGGCAACGGUCACGUUCCAUCUCCCUCAUCACGUGCUGAAGCUUGUGGCUGGUGCCAUCGUCAGUGAGCUGAAGAAGAUUAACCAGAACGUUGCUGCCUUAUCGGUAGCCUCCUCCAUCAUGGACAGGCUCUCCUACCUCCUGUCAAGCGCCAGGCCUGAGCUCGGGGUGGGCCCUGGGCGCUCUGUAGACAGGUCACUGAUGUACAGUGAGGCCAACAGGCGGGAGACGUUUACGUCAUGGCCACACGCCGGUUACAGAUGGGCUCAGCCAGAUCCAAUGGCUCAGGCAGGCUUUUAUCACCAGCCUGCCUCAACAGGGGAUGACAGAGCUAUGUGUUUCACCUGCAGUGUGUGUCUAGUCUGUUGGGAACCCACCGAUGAGCCCUGGUCUGAACACGAGAGACAUUCUCCUAACUGUCCAUUUGUCAAGGGAGAGCAUACGCAGAACGUCCCUCUGUCUGUAACGUUGGCGACCAGCCCCGCUCAGUUCCCUAACAGCCCUGACAGUUCAGACAAGAUCACCUGCUACGGCUUUGGAAGCUGCCCACAGUUCUUAGCUGCUGCCACAAAGAGGGGCAAGGUCUGUAUCUGGGACGUCUCUAAAAUGAUGAAGGUGCACCUAAAGUUUGACGUGAACCCGUACGAUCCAGCCAUCCUCCGGCAGCUGAUCCUGGGCAGUGGUGAGCAGGGCCAGCAGGUGCUGACUGAGUCUCGGAGGCCAACUCUAACUUGGUUGGAGGAGUCGUCUUCCUGCUCUGACCUACCAAAGCUAGAGGGAGACAGUGAUGAUCAGCUGGAGGACUCUGACAGCGAGGAGCCUUCACGGUCAGAGUCAAUAACAGGUCAGCCAUCCCAGUGGGAGAGCAUGGACCUGAGUCUCAGUGUGACAGCUCUCAGUGUGCUACAGCAGCCAGAGAAACUUCAGUGGGAAGUAGUUGCCAGUGUAUUGGAGGACACUGUCAAGGACUUGGAGGAACUUGGUGCAAACCCUUCAUUAAACCAAACAAAGGCCCACAGCCAGGCCAAACCAAAAGACAAGGUGGCUGACCAUCACAACAUUCCCUUUCCCUGCUUGCUAGCUGGAGGACUACUCAGUUACCGCUCAGCCUCCUUAACCCCCCUGGCUGUUCCCCCAUCUGCCUCAACUUCAACGCGCAGGACCACCGAUGGCCCACUAAGGACUCAGGCUGCUGAGCCUCUUACUGCAUCUCUACAGGAACAUGGUCCAAUGGAGAUUGAUCCUUGCCACCCCCAGACUGUUGCCCAGGAGCAAAGCUUCUCUAACUUGGCAGGAUCUCAGCUGCUGAAUCCCUCCUCUUUGCCAGCUGUACGCAGGACUAUACCUGUGCUGUUGCUAUAUAGUAUUAGAGAGGUGGAUGACAAAUCCUCAGGACAGGUAUUUGCUCAUAUGAACAAUUUAAUGAGCAAGGGUCUGCAUGAGGAAGGCUUCAGUGUGCCACAAAUCAUUGAAAUGGAAUUUGAUACACAUGAGCAACUACUUCUUCAAGAUCCCCCGAUCACAUACAUUCAGCAGUUUGCUGAUGCAACUAAUCUUGCAGGGAUAGACGGGCAUGUGGACAAAUGGAGCACACUGGCAGCAGCAAGUGUUUCCAAUCCCCCUCGACCAGGAACACUGGUACAGUGCUUAAGGCUGCCAAAACAGCUGGAAGAGGAGAACCUCUUUGUGGACUCCAUUGUGCCGUGCUGGGAUGGAGUGCACCUUUUGGUUGGUCUGAAGCCUUGCGGUUUUGAAUCUCUAAGUGCUUCAAACCAAGUUGAGGCUCUUAACAAUCUGAACCGCCUACACUCGGCCCUUUGCAGCCAGCGUGAAGUAGACUCUCUUCGCCCUUUGGCUAAUGGAAUGGAAGGCCAUCACCCAGGGGGGUCUCCACCUCAGACUCCCUUUAUAGUACCUCCAGGAAACCACCAGCAGCAGCAGGAGAGGUCCCAAAGUCGUGGGAGUGGAGGGGGCUAUCUUGCACUCUACAAGUUCAACUACUCCACUCGAAUUGUCACUUUGGAAGAAGAGCCAAUCAAAGUACAACAGAUUUGGGACCCUUGUGAUGCCAUUACUUCUCUAAUUUUGCUUCCCCCAGAUGUGCUUGAUAGUAGAGAAGAUGAGAGUGAAGAGGCCCCAGAAGAAGCACUUCUUUCAGCUGCAAAAAAUGGUUUGUCUGGGCCUGGAAGAGACCUGUCUGGAUCAGAAAUUGAGACUGCAUGUGAAGCAGCCACAACCAGCAGUGCUGGUAAUACCACAGGUCCUUCUACCUCUGCCUCCAGUCAUAAAGAAUGCAAGAAAACAGAUAUGGCAGGGCUUGGACAUCUCGUGGUGACCACACAGGGCGGUUUUAUCAUGAUAUUGGACCUGUCCACUUUGGAGGUUCUGGCCAAGGUGGAACCACCCAAAAAGGAAGGGUUAACUGAGGAAACCGACCCGUUUGUCUCAGUGACCUACUGUUCUGGGACGGACCGCCUUUGUGCCUGCACUAAAGGGGGAGAACUUCAUUUCCUUCAAAUUGGAGGCGUUUGUGAUGAUGCAGAUGAUGGGGAUAUGUUUAUUGACGGCCCCCUUUCUAAAGGGAGUGAGCCUCUGCUUGAGGGGGCCAAGCCCUCCUCCAACCCAUCCAGCCCUGGGAUCACAGGAGUGGACCUCCUUGUGGACCAGCCUCUGACCACAGAGAGUCUGGCGUCAUUGAUGGAGUUAACGCGCUUUGAGACAUUGACACCGAGGUUCUCUGCCACUGUGCCACCAUGCUGGGUCGAGGUCCAACAGGAGCAGCAGCAGCGCCGCCACCCGCAGCACCUUCAUCAGCAACAUCACGGAGAUGCAGCCCAGCACACCCGCACCUGGAAGCUCCAGAGUUACAGUUCCAGUUGGGAUGAGCAUGUAUUUGAGCUGGUGCUGCCUAAAGCCUGCAUGGUGGGCCACGUGGACUUCAAGUUUGUCCUGAACACCAACAUUGUCAACAUUCCUCAGAUCCAAGUCACUUUACUGAAGAACAAAGCACCAGGGCUGGGAAAAGUCAGUGAUACAGCAGUGGACCGACAGAUCGCUUUUCCUCUCUCAAAUGUCCUCCAUGCCAAUGGGGAGAAGAACAGCCAGCCUCUUCUGCAUGACUUCACAGAGGACAUCCACUUCAUGGACAUCGAGGAACCAUCAGGCUCGGUGCUGUGUCCGUUCCUGGAGGACCAUAAGGAGGAUAUACUGUGUGGCCCUGUGUGGUUGGCCAGUGGGCUGGACCUCUCUGGUCACUCAGGCAUGCUGAGCCUCACCAGCCCCAAGCUGGUCAGAGGCAUGGCAGGUGGGAAGUACCGCUCCUUCCUGGUUCACAUCAAAGCAGUGAGCGACAGUGGCAUGGAGGAGAGUCCAAGGCCGGUGGUAAGGAUGCCCAGCGCCAAGCCUCAAAGCUCCAAAGCUCACUCACUGUCCUCCCUGCUGCAGCAGACCCAAGCCUCCAAGGAGAGGGCAGCUACGGGGAAAACGGAGGGCUCAGCACAGUCAAAGAAGGUGGAGAACCUGCGAGGCUGUGACCUGCUACAGGAGGUUUCAGUCACAAUCAGGAAGUUCAAGAAGACAUCAGUGCCAAAAGAAAGGGUUCAGCGCUGCGCUAUGCUGCAAUUCCCAGACUUUCAUGAGAAGUUACUGGAUGUGCUGUGUCAUCAGAUAGAGGGCAGCCCAGCCAAUGAGCACGCACAAAGCCUUAUUCUUGACAUCCUAUGCUGGCUCGCUGGCGUUUUCUCCAACGGACCCUGCAGCAUCAGGGAAGGAAAGGAGGGCCUACUGACCAAAACCAGGAUACGCUUAACAGAUCUAGUGCGUGUGUGUUUCUUUGAAGCGGGCCGCAGCAUAGCCCACAAGUGUGCUCGCUUUCUUGCACUCUGUAUCAGCAAUGGGAAAGGAGAGCCAAGCCAGCAGGGUUUUGGUAUGAGCCUUCUGAAGGCUCUGCUGGAUAAUAUGUCUUAUUUGCCUGCAGCAGCAACUGGGGGCUCAGUGUUCUGGUACUUUGUAUUGCUGAACUACGUGAAGGAGGAAGACCUGGCAGGCUGCAGCACAGCAUGCGCCUCCCUGCUCACCACUGUCUCUCGACAGCUGCAGGACCGCCUCACCCCGCUGGAAGCUCUGCUGCAAACCAGGUACGGCCUGUACAGCUCUCCGUUUGACCCAGUGCUGUUUGACCUGGAGGUCAGCGGUUCCUCCUGCAAGAAUGCCUUCAACAGCAGCAUUGGAGUCCAGUCAGAUGAGAUUGACCUCUCAGAAAUUCUCUCAGAUUUUAUCCCAUCUCCCCUUGAG